GUUUAGAGGAAGAUUCCCAAUCUGGGGUUUCAUGCAUUAGCAAUUGAUCCCAUAUUUGGAGUUUCCUCCACCAGUUGUUAACUAUAGAAGGGUGACAAUCAAAUAAUCAAUUCAUUGAAGGAAAAAUAAUACAGAUAAAGAGCCAUCAAUCCUCCUCAUGUUCCCUUUUCAGAUGGCUCUUGCGAUCUCUACAAGUUCCCUUUUCCUCCACAAAAUGGUAGCAAAAAGGGCCAUUGUGUGCGAACCCACCUUCACUUCUCCUUUGGAGCAUGAUUAUGGAAAACCCACUUCACUUCUACACUAUCCAGCUUCAAAAUUGGUGUCCUUUAAAUCCAGCAUAGCCAUGUCAAAAGUGAAGACCAGCGCAGGGUUGGUGAAAACGUCCGCUUUUGGGAGGGGAGACAAUGAGAGGAGUGUGACAGUGUUUCCACACGAAGCUCUUCUUCAGAAACCUACUGAGUUUCCUUCUGUAUUCCCAGCUGAGGAAUUUGAUGUUGCUCUCAAUAGCCUGAGCAAGUGGCUUGUACUUGUAUCGUUUGUAGCUGUUCUUCUAUGGAGGAAUGAUGCCAAAUCCUUAAGAGCUGCUAUGGGGUCUCUUGUAAAUUUCAUCCUCUGCGUAGCACUCAAAAAGAUAUUCAACCAGCAACGACCCAUUUCAGCCUUGAAAUCUGACCCUGGGAUGCCAUCUUCGCAUGCACAAUCCAUCUUCUACAUUUUUGUGGUUUCUGUUUUGUCAAUCAUGGAAAGACUCGGAGUAAAUGAAUUUACAUUGAUCAUGAGUUUACUGGCAUUGGCAUGCAGUUCAUAUCUUUGUUGGCUGCGGGUUUCACAACGAUUCCACACAAUGAGCCAAGUGGUUGUUGGCGGUGCUGUUGGUUCCAUUUUCUCCAUUUUAUGGUGUUGGACAUGGGAUGCUACAGUGCUGGAUGCUUUCAUUUGCUGUUGGUGGGUUCGUGCAAUUGUUAUGCUGGGAGCUGCUACGUUUUCUCUAGGCUUUCUUUCACAUGUAAUUCUUCAUUGACUUGUUCAUAAGUAAUGAACUUUGUAGCCAUGUAUAUAUGUAAACACUAAUCCUUGAGCCUGAAAAAUCACUACG